CCUUAUAUUUCGUGCCCAAGAGGGAAGUAACAAGAAAUCAUAGUAGAGUGAAAGCACAGGUAGCAAAGAUAUGGCUAUGGAUAGUUCACCAAGUAAUCUUAAAAGUCUCCUGUUGCCGCCAGCAUUAUCCGGCGAAGGACGGGCGGCGGCGGCAGCGGCAACAAACAGGUGGUGGAAUAAGGUAAUGGAUAUGGAAGAAGCAAAGAAUCAGAUAUUGUUUUCGUUGCCGAUGAUCGUCGUGACGAGUAGUUUCUACUUCAUUAACCUUGUAUCUGUCAUGUUUGCUGGACAUCUUGGUAAACUUGAACUUGCUGCCUCAAAUCUUGGUAAUUCUUGGGCUGUCGUCUCUGGUCUAGCUUUCAUGGUUGGCCUAAGCGGUGCUCUUGAGACACUAUGCGGCCAAGGAUAUGGCGCAAAAAUGUACAGGAUGCUAGGGAUACAUCUGCAAACAUCAUGUAUCAUAUCAUUCAUAUUUUCAAUAGUGAUUGCCGUUAUCUGGUGGUAUUCUGAUAUGAUACUGAUUUUACUUCAUCAAGAUCCUGACAUAGCAAAACAAGCAGGGGUGUUCUUGAAAUUUCUCAUACCUGGAUUGUUUGCAUAUGGUUUCUUGCAAAACAUUAUGAGAUUUCUUCAGGCUCAGUCGAUUAUCAUACCUCUUGUCGCGUGCUCAGUUGGAUCUUUACUUAUCCAUAUCGGCAUUGCCUACACUUUGGUUCAUUGGACGGGUCUUGGUUUCAAGGGAGCAUCGUUAGCAGCUUCCAUUUCGAUCUGGAUUUCAGUUCUUUCGUUGGGUCUAUACGUACUUUUCUCCGAAAAAUUCAGCCAUAUCUGGCAGGACGGUUUCUCAUUUGAGCCAUUUCAUCAUAUCCUUACAAACUUGAAGUUGGCUUUGCCCUCUGCUGCUAUGGUCUGUUUGGAGUACUGGGCUUUUGAGCUUCUUGUGUUAUUGGCUGGUUUGAUGCGAGACUCGGCAACGUCUACUUCGGUAAUUGCAAUGAGUGUAAAUACCGAAGCUAUUGCCUACAUGAUGUCUUAUGGUCUGAGCGCAGCUGCAAGCACUAGGGUGGCAAAUGAAUUAGGAGCUGGAAAUCCUGACAAAGCUAAACAUGCUAUGGCUGUUACACUCAAGCUAUCUAUUAUUCUUGCUCUUAUAGUUGAUUUGGCUCUAUUUUUUGGUCAUAAUGUAUGGGCCGGCCUCUUUAGCGAUAGCCCGGAGAUAAUUAAUAAAUUCGCCUUCAUGACGCCUCUCCUGUUAAUAUCCUUCGUAUUCGAUUUCUUUCAAGGAGUUUUAUCAGGAGUGGCUAGGGGAUGUGGGUGGCAACAUUUGGCUAUGUGCAUCAACUUAGCAACAUUCUAUGUCAUAGGCAUGCCAAUUGCAGGUCUCCUUGCUUUCAAGUUCAACCUACAAGCUCAGGUAAUUUAAGUGCAUGACAUGCUCGGUUUUCUCUCGUAUUCAGAUAGACGGAUCUUGGAUUUAAGUUCUUUUUUAAAUACUAAACUUAUUUUAUAUUUUAAAAUUAUGAGUUAAAAAUCUAAUAUUCGUCGAAAAUUUUAGUGAUUUUUUUAACAUUUAUGGUUAUGCUACGUGUCAAAAGUCAAUGAUGGGUUGAACGCAAUUGAACGUAGGCUUCAUCCGGUGGAUUUAAUAUAUUCUUUUUAGAUAUUAAUAUAUUAAAUCGCAAUUAAUCU